AUGAGCUCGUCGCCGCCCGCGGCCAGCAUCCCAUUACCGGCCUCGCCGCCGCCCGCGGAGUCCGAACACGACGAGGAACCGAGCUCGAUAUCUGCGCGGCUGGACGCGUCUGGGACUUCAACACCGGCGGACUCGGCGGCGGCUGCAGAGGACGCACAGACCACCGCACCGGCGCCAGACGUCGUCGUCCAGCACCCCUCCCCAGUGCCAUCCUCCACACCCGCGCCAGAGCACGAGCCGCGCUCGCCGCCUCCACCGACAUCCACAACCCCGAACCCAACCCAGACACAGUCCGAGCUUCCGCCCGCACCAAGUACACCCUCGACCGCGCCGCCCCCCACACCACCCGUCAAACCACGCGGCGCGGAGGCGCUCCGGCGAGACAGCGUGAUGACGAUGGGCAGCGGCGCCUUCUCGCCCGGCCAGUCGACCGUCUCCCUCGCAUCCGUCCCCGCCUCCACCGGCAAUGGGCCCGCACACAGACGGAGCCUCACCAUCUCCCGCAGCUCUUUGGGUGGCGAACGCACGUCGCAUGUCUCUGCGGUGCUUAUUACGAGCGCGCUAGACACCAUUGCGAGCAGUCGGGAGGCGAAGCGCGCGCCGGCGCUUAAGAGCGCGGUGGAUAGGGCGCUCGAGCUGAUCAGAGGCGGCGAGGCGGGGAGCAGGGUUAGGGAGGUGUUUGAGCCGUUAAGGUUGGCGUGCGAGAGCCGGGCGGAGAAGCUGCAGGUCGCGAGUUUGGACUGCAUCGCGAAGCUCAUCGCGUACGGGUUCUUCGUCGAGGACUACGGCUUCCCUCAUCCCCCGCCCCCUUCGAACGUUGCAAGUCCACCGCCGAGCCCGGCGCCGGGCCAGAGCGCGCACGCGAGGAAUGGAAGUGAUGCGGAGGGUGCGGGUGGGGGCGGGGCGCUGGUGGAUGUCGUUGUGGGCACGAUCACGGCGUGCCAUACGGAGAACUGCAGCGAUGCUGUCAGUUUGCAGGUCGUAAAGGCGUUGCUCGCGCUCGUGUUGAGCCCGACGACGCUCGUGCAUCAGAGCAGUCUCCUCAAAGCCGUCCGGACGGUAUACAACGUCUUCCUGACGUCCUCGGACCCCGUGAACCAAACAGUCGCCCAAGGCGGCCUCACCCAGAUGAUCAACCACGUCUUUGCCCGCUGCGCCGUGUCCACCUCUACCACCGCGCAAUCAACCUCGACCACGCCUCCCGCGGACGCGUCGGGGAGCAGCUCGCCGCCGACGCCCGCGCAGGUGCUCGAGCAGGCUCGGGCGCGCGUGAAUGGCGAUGCGAGGGAUAACGGAGACGGCGCGCUCGAUACGCCCGUAGGCGAGAACGCGCCGCUCGCGCCGUCGCCCAUACCCGCUACGAACGGCCACGCGCUCCCUCCCCCAACCAACGGCGACGCCCACCCCCAUGAUCCCCAGCCCUCCGAAGACGGAGACGGGCGACACGAGCUCACGACGAACGACCUCUUCCUCAAAGACGCCUUCCUCGUCUGCCGCGCGAUGUGCAAGCUUACGAUGAAGCCGCUCACGACGGAGGCCGAGCGCGAUCUAAGGAACCAUGCGACAAGGACGAAGUUGUUGAGUUUGCAUAUGGUGUUGGCGAUACUGCAACAACACAUGCACGUCUUCGUCGCGCCCGACGCGGUCGUGUGGUCCGGCAGCGGGCAUGCCCCCGCCAGCUUCAUCGAUAUGACGAGCCAGUACUUGUGUCUGACGCUCAGUCGGAAUAUGACGAGCCCGGUGCCGCAGGUGUUCGAGCUCAGCAUCGAGAUCUUUUGGCAGAUGGUCCAGGGUCUACGGACGAAGCUCAAGCAAGAGAUCGGCGUGCUCUUCCACGAGAUCUUCCUCCCCGUCCUCGAGCUCCGCACCGCGACCGUCCGGCAAAAGGCCAUUCUGCUCGGCAUGGUCCGCCGUCUGUGCGCCGACCCGCAAGUUAUCGUGGAUCUGUACAUCAACUACGACUGCGACUCGAACGCGCCGGACAACAUCUACGAGCACCUGAUGAACAUUAUCACCAAACUCUCCGGCUCCGUCGGCGGCUCCUCCACAUCCGAUUCCAAAUCCAAAGACGCCCAACCGCCCUCCGCCCCUCAAUCCCCGCCAGCACACAAAUCACAGCUCCCGCCCUCUCUCACGACGAGCGCUUUAGGAUUGCCCGAGGUGCCCGGCAGCGGCGCAACAACCGAGGCGCAGCUGCGGCGCCAGGCGCUCGAGACGCUCGUCGCGGUGCUCAGAUCACUCGUCACGUGGGGUAUCACGGCGCCGAAAGAGCGCGAGAAGGCCGAGGCCGAGCGCGAGCGGGAGGCGGCGGCGCGCUUCGCGGCGAGCGCGUCGACGGAUAGACUCAACGGCAAUGCCACGCCCGACCGUGGUGCCUCCACGCCCGACCUCAACGCGGACGACGACCCGAGCCGGUUCGAGAGCGCGAAGCAGAAGAAGACGACGCUCGCGGAGGGGCUGAGAAGGUUCAGCUUCAAGCCGAAGAAGGGGCUCGAGUUCUUUAGGCAGAACGGGUUUUUGGAGGGACGGGAGCCGGCGGUGGUCGCGCGGUUUUUGUUGGAGACGGAGGGGCUGAGUAAGGCUGCUAUUGGGGAGUAUCUGGGCGAAGGUGACGCGGAGAACAUCGAGACGAUGCAUGCGUUUGUGGACCAGAUCGAUAUGCGCAAUAUGAGCUUCAUCGCAGCGCUGCGCAACUUUUUGCAGGCGUUCAGGUUGCCGGGCGAGGCGCAGAAGAUCGAUAGGUUCAUGUUGAAGUUCGCCGAGCGGUAUAUCGAGAGUAAUUCGAAUACGCCGUUUGCCAAUGCCGACGCCGCCUACGUCCUCUCGUACUCGGUAAUCCUUCUCAACACGGACGCGCACAACCCGCAGAUCAAGAAACGCAUGACAAAAGACGAGUUCAUCCGGAACAACCGCGGGAUCAACGACAACGCCGACCUGCCCGCCGACAUGCUCAACGAGAUCUACGACGAGAUCACGACGAACGAGAUACGCAUGAAGGGCGAGCUCGAGGCGUCCAUCAUGAAAGAUCCCAGCGCGGCAGUGGCCGCCGCGCCCGGCGGACUCACCGGCACGCUCGCGACCGUCGGCCGCGAUCUGCAGCGCGAGGCAUAUAUCCUCCAGUCGAGCUCGAUGGCGAACAAGACGGAGGCGCUCUUCAAGACCAUGGUCCGCGCCCAACGCCGCGCGGGCUCGACCGUCGGCGGCGACGUCUUCCACCGCGCGAGCCACUUCGUGCACGUCAGGCCGAUGUUCGAAGCCGUAUGGCUCAGCCUGCUCGCCGCGCUCUCGGGGCCCUUACACGAGACGGACGCGCUGGACGUCGUCGAGCUGUGCCUGGAAGGUUUCAAGUGCGCGAUCCGGAUCGCGUGCUUCUUCGACAUGGAGCUCGAGCGCAACGCGUUCGUCACGACGCUCGCCAAGUUCACGUUCCUGAACAAUCUGGGCGAGAUGAAGAGCAAGAAUAUGGAGGCGAUCAAGGCGUUGCUGGACGUGGCCGUGAGCGAGGGGAAUAAUCUGAAGGGCUCGUGGCAUGAGGUGCUGAGCUGCGUGAGCUCGCUCGAGCAUAUGCAGCUUAUCACGUCCGGCGUCAAUAUGCCCGACGCGCGCAAGGGCGGGCGCACGAAGGCGCUGCCGAACGAGGCGCUCGCGCACGAGAGCCGCAGCACGCAUAUCACCGUCGCGGCGGACAUGGUGUUUUCGCUCAGCCAUCAUCUGUCGGGCACGGCGAUCGUGGACUUCGUGCAGGCGCUGUGCGACGUGUCGUGGGAGGAGAUCCAGAGCAGCGGGCUGAGCCAGCAUCCGCGGCUGUUCAGUCUGCAGAAGUUGGUCGAGAUCUCGUAUUAUAAUAUGGGGCGGAUCAGGCUGGAGUGGUCGAAUCUGUGGGAUAUUCUUGGGGAGCAUUUUAACCAGGUCUGCUGCCACAGUAACCCGCACGUCGGCUUCUUCGCGCUCGACUCGCUCCGCCAGCUCGCGAUGCGCUUCCUGGAGAAAGAAGAGCUCCCGCACUUCAAGUUCCAGAAGGACUUCCUCAAGCCGUUCGAGUACACCAUGAACCACAACCCGAACCCCGAGAUCCGCGACAUGGUCCUGCAGUGUCUUCAACAGAUGGUCCAGGCGCGCGUGCAGAACAUGCGCUCGGGCUGGCGCACGAUGUUCGGCGUCUUCUCCGCCGCGUCGCGCGUGCCGACCGAGCGCAUCGCGGGCUCGGCGUUCGAGAUCGUCACGCGGCUGCACAAGGAGCACUUCACGGCCAUCGUGCGCUACGGCGCGUUCGCGGACCUGACGGUGUGCGUCACGGACUUUUGCAAGGUCGCGAAGUACCAGAAGAUCAGCCUGCUGGCGAUCGCGAUGCUGAGGGGGACGAUCCCGAUUAUGCUCGCGACGCCCGAGUGCGGGCUUGCGCCGACUGGCGGGACUGCGGCGGGUACGGCCGGGGACGACCCGAUGAUCCGGUUCUGGUACCCCGUGCUGUUCAGCUUCUACGACGUGAUCAUGAACGGAGAGGACCUCGAGGUCCGACGGCUGGCGCUCGACAGUCUGUUCAGCACGCUCAAGCGCUACGGCGCGGCGUUCCCGGUCGAGUUCUGGGACACGGUCACGCAGGAGCUGCUGUUCCCGAUCUUUGCGGUGUUGAGGAGCAGCCAGGAUCUGAGCAGGUUUAGCACGCAGGAGGAUAUGAGUGUGUGGUUGAGCACGACGAUGAUUCAGGCGUUGAGGGAUCUGAUCGAUCUUUAUACGUUUUACUUUGAGAUCUUGGAGCGCUUCCUCGAUGGCUUACUGGACCUAUUAUGCGUGUGUAUCUGCCAAGAAAACGACACGCUUGCACGGAUAGGCACGUCAUGUCUGCAACAACUGUUGGAGAACAACGUGAAGAAGCUCAGCCCGGCACGAUGGGACCGCGUCGCGUCAACGUUUGUCAAGUUGUUCAAGACGACAACACCGCAUCAGCUCUUCGAUGAUAGCCUACGCGUAGAGAUCAACAGUGCAUCACCUGAACCUCAAGACGCAUCCGAGGGCAACGACUCGACUAUCCUUCCCGCACCGCUGUCGCCGUCUCAGGAGGGUGCGCCGGCAACGGGCAAGCCGAGCCUCCACGAACGACGACGCAUCUUCAAGCAGAUCAUCGUCAAAUGCGUGCUGCAGCUCCUGCUCAUCGAAACAACGAACGAGCUCCUCCGGAACGAAGACGUCUACUCCACGAUCCCGCCGCAGAACCUGCUGCAGCUCAUGCAGGUCCUCGACCACUCGUACCAGUUCGCGCGGAUGUUCAACGGCGAUAAGGAGCUCCGGACCGGGCUGUGGCGCGUGGGGUUCAUGAAGCAUCUGCCGAACUUGCUUAAGCAGGAGUCUUCGUCCGCUGCUACGCUCGUGCACGUUUUGUCGCGCAUGUACUUCGACCCGCGAGCGGAGCAUCAGGCCGCACGACCGCAAGUCGCCGAGCGACUAUUACCGCUCGGUCUAAGGGUACUGCAGGACUACAACUCUCUGCGCUCGGACACGCAGGCGAAGAACAUCGCGGCGUGGACGCCCGUCGUGGCCGAGAUCGUGCAGGGCUUUGUACGGCUGGACGACCGGGCGUAUAACCGGUACUUGCCGGCGAUAUACCCCGUUGCUGCGGAGCUGCUUGCAAGGGAUACGAGUCCGGAGGUCAGGGAGAGCUUGCGGGAUUACUUUAUGAGGGUCGGGUACUCGCAGGGGAUCGUCGAGCGGCCGGCAUAG